AUGGACCGAUCCGCUGAGGUCGCUGCCUUCCAGAAGCUCAUCCCUGCCGCCAACAUCGAGACGUGCACGCAUGAGCAGCUCCAGGCGUCGCUUCAGGACACGCGCCAGCGCAAGCUGCGUCUGCGCCUGCGUUUUCCGGACGAGUACCCCCGCCGUGAGCUUCUGAUUGAGAUUCUGAGCACGUCGCUGCCCGAUGUGGCCCUGCGCCGCCUCACCAAGUUUGCCGAUGCGAAGGCGACAGAGCUUAGUAAAGAGGGCUUGCCCCAGGUGCAGGCGAUCGUUGAAUUGGUGCAGACGUCGCUGGCCGAGAACAAGCUCCUCUUCGCCUUCGACGAGGUGCGCCAGCUUCGCCUGCUGGCGGACGCCAACGGCGGCGAGAUGAAGCUCGUCAACGAGCGUGCGGGGCGCAUCAAGGUGCUUCUGCGUCAGGGGCCCUACUUCUUCCAGGUCAACGUCAAGCUCGACGACCACUACCCCGACUCGACGAUUCGUGUGGUGUGCGACGAGUCCAACUUGCCACCGAAUGUCGUGGACGCCAUCGUCAAGCAAGCCAACGACAUGGCCCGGCGCAUCACGCUUGGCUACACGGCUGACCAGGCGCUGUACGCCUCCAACCCGCUCAAGAAGCCGCUGAGCCUCCUUGCGCCGCCCGAGCCCACAAAGAAGGCUGGGGCGAAGAAGUUUGGCAAGGCCGCCAAAGCCGCCACGUCGCCCAUCGUCAUCAAGGAAGCGCCCAAGGAAAAGAUUGCACCGCUCUACUACGCCGAAGACGGAGGCAUUCUGCAUCGGUCGCCGCUCGAUGAAGCCGUCAAGAGCAUCCUGCCAGUGGUCAAGACGUAUCUGUGGGAAACCGUGCUCAAGUCCCUGCCGUCCACAGCGUGUCCGGAGUGCGCACAGCUGGUGCUGCCAACCAAUCCGGCGACAGCGCUCGAUCCCAACGCGGUGCCGCUCCAGGCGUACUGCGGUCACUGGUUCCACACCGAGUGCCUCGGCAAGAAGCUGCAGUCGCCGCCGUUCGCACACCCGUGCGUGGCGUGCCACGUCAUUUUGCACCACCCCAAGUGGCCGUCGGACCUCGCCGAGCUCUCGACGCGCUACGAGCGCGAGCAGCGCCUCGAGCGUGAGAUCGCCGAAAUUGCCGAUAUGUUUUAA